GCCGCUUCACAUCCACACAUACAAGCUGCUCGUGGUGGCGCACGCAGACCGGGUCUGAGACGAGACAUAAGUCAUCUUGUUGUAGUGAUUGAGGAGAUGCCAGCUUGGGGGUUUUAAAGUUUUAUUUUAGAGGGUGUUUAGACAUGAAGCUACCAGCUCCAAACUUUGAGGUGGCACGCGUCGCAAACGUGGUGAGAUUUUAUUUUAUUGGUUGACUAAAAAAAAAAGUUAUAAAAGCGAAGCGACUGGAUUAACUGCAGCCGUUUACACUCGUCGGAGGAAAAGUGUUGCGUGUUUGUCUGAAAAGAACGGCGUUUUAAAGGCCAGGGCCACUCGGGGUACCACGACGACGACGACCCCCAGCCCCCCGGGAGGAGUGAGGUCCCUGGGAUGAGAGCCGCGCGUCUCCCCCUUAUCUUCCCCAGACCUCCAGGAGAGUUUCUGGGUUGUGUGACGCCAUCGAGCCGCCGCCAUGGCUCUGGUCCAGGCCCGGCCCGUGUCCGUGAGUGACCACCCCGCGUCCAGCGGUCUCGACAGCAGUCUCCAGCAGCUGUGCCGGCCCCUGCCGUCGCACCCCUCCACCGGCCCCUGCUCCGCGCCCCCCCUGCCCUGCGGGGACCCCUCCUCCGUCGCGGGCGCCAUGGGCUCCGUCAGCAGCCUGAUCUCCGGCCGCUCCUACCAGGAGAGGCACUGCCGGGCGGCCAACGAGUACGCCGCCAAGACCCGCCGCUCCACCCCGGCCACCAGCUGCUUCCGGGUGCAGGACAACGGCACCCUGCGCAGCGGCAGCUCCCUGGAGCAGCUGCUGGUCAUCAGCAACAAGCAGAACCACCACCAGUACCAGAACCACAACCACAACCACAACCACCACCAGCCCCAGCUCCAACCCCAGAUCAAGGCCUCCGUGCUGCCGCCGCCGCUGCCCACCAAGAAGCACCCGCGGCUGGGUAGCACCGGGGGCGUGGCGGCGGCUAACAGCAGCAGUAACGGUGGUGGUGGCGGCGGUGGCGGCGGUGCUAACGGGAACUAUAAAGACGGUUUGGAGGAGGUGGUGGUGGGGGACUGGAACCACAACCUGGUGCUGGCCCCGGUGAGCCCCUGCAGUGACUCUGAGGAGACGAGGGACAACAGGGCCCUGAAUGGAAACAUAGGCGGUCCUCCGCCCAAACUCAUCCCAGUGUCGGGGCAGCUGGAGAAGAACAUGGAGAAGGUGCUUAUCCGCCCGACGGCGUUCAAACCUGUUAUCCCCAAGAACCGCCACUCGGUGCAGUACCUCUCCCCGCGGCCAGGGGGCGCCAGCCUGUCCGAGAGCCAGGGGAGCCUCAACCUCCUGCUGCCUCUCGGCGGAUCCAACGUCAUCAACGCUAAUGCCAGCGCCGCGUCCGUGACCUCGGAGGAGAAGCGAGACUCAUACGGCGGCGGCGGCGGCAGCGGGAAUGGCGGCGGCGGCGGGCGCAACGCACGCAGCAGCCAGUCCUGCUCCAUGUCGGACUCGGGCCGCAACUCCCUGUCCAGCCUCCCCACCCACAGCAGCACGGGCUGCAGCCUGGCCCCCAGCGAGGGCUCUAGCAGCGGGUCGGCCUCGGGGGGGCUGGGGGGCGGUCAGCUGGAGGCGGUGCCCAGCCUGGGCCGGACGGCGGCCACCGCCACCGGUACCGGCGCCGCCGGCACCAACGCCAUGGGGGGCGGGAACAGCCACGGCCACAGCAACUCGGACAGCGGGCGGUCUUCGUCCGGCAAGAGCUCGGGCUCGGGGUCGCUGAGCGGGCGCGGCCAGCCCCUCUCGGACAGCGGGUCGUGCAGCCACUCGCCACCCCUGGUGGAGGGAUACGAGGGCGUGGUGCGCGAGCUGGAGGACAAGCUGAGGGAGAGGGACCUGGAGCUGCUGCAGCUCCGCGAGAACCUGGACGAGAACGAGGCGGCCAUAUGCCAGGUGUACGAGGAGAAGCAGCGGCGUUGUGAGCGGGACAUGGAGGAGCUGAGGCUGAGCUGCUCAGCCAAGAUGAAGCAGGCCUCCCAGAAGGCCCAGAGAGCCCAGCAGGUGCUGCAGCUGCAGGUGUUCCAGCUGCAGCAGGAGAAGAAGAAGCUGCAGGAGGACUUCUCGGCUCUGCUGCAGGACAGAGAGAGUCUGGAGAGGAGGUGUGCCAGCAUCCAGAGGGAGCAGACCCAGCUGGGCCCGCGCCUUGAGGAGACCAAGUGGGAGGUGUGUCAGAAGUCCGGGGAGAUCAGCCUGCUGAAGCAGCAGCUGAAGGAGCUCCAGUCGGAGCUGAGCCAGAAGGCGGGGGACAUCGUGGUGCUGAAGGCCCAGCUCCGCGAGGCCCGUUCGGAGCAGCAGUCCAGCCAGAUGCGCUCCCAGGAGGCCCAGGCCGCCGUGCGCACGCGCAACCUGGAGCUGGAGGUCUGCGAGAACGAGCUGCAGCGGCGCAAGAGCGAGGCCGAGCUGCUCCGCGAGAAGAUGGGCCGCCUGGAGGACGAGAUGGCCCGCCUCUGCGACGCCCUGACCAAUCACAGCGGACCCCAAGGCAUGAAGGGCCAAUCGGGCGGGAGCAUGUCCCUGCAGCAGUACGGCGGCGGCGGCGGCGGCGGCGGCGGCGGCGGCAGCAGGGGCGGCCCGGGGCGGGGGGGGCCCAGCCCCUCGAUGUACCGCGAGGUGGACGACAGCCGCCUGGCGUGGGGCGGGGAGAGCGACGAGUCCAAGGCUCACAGGCAGAACGCCGAGACGGUGCUCGGGCUGAGGCAACAGGUGGAGAGGCUGAAGGGGGAGCUGCUGUACGAGAGGAGGACCGGGGAGGAGCAGCUGUCGGGCUUUGAGGAUGAGAGGAGGGUGUGGCAGGAGGAGAAGGAGAAGGUGAUCCGCUACCAGAAGCAGCUGCAGCAGAACUACAUCCAGAUGUACCGGAGGAACCGGGACCUGGAGCGGGCCAUGAGGGAGCUGAGCCUGGAGCUGGAGGGCCGCGGCGCCGACCGCUACGAGCACCACAACGGCAGCAGCGACAUCCACUUCGAGGAGAUCACCGCCACCGAGAUAUAAACCCACCCCCCCCCCCCCCCCCCCUGUAAGACCCUCCUACUCGGGAUGCCAAGCAGUCCACAGCACCAGCACUCCUAUAAUCAAGGACCUCCAUUGUGAACCAAGGAUAGGACCCAAUCACAGAUGUUUCCACCUCGACCCCCACCACCAACGAACCCACCGCCAUAGAAGUGACAUCCGUUCAGGCUGAAAGGGUGUCACUUCCUUGGGGCAUCCGUUCAGGCUGGGUCCUUGCUCCCUCUUCCCCUCUGGAACCAGAACUCACUGGCUGGAGGCAGCAUCCGAUGGGGACCGAGAGAGUUCGACCUCCACUAACUUUGGAUUACCAGAUACUACGAUGAAAACGUUUCUAUCCCCUCCAGAGCUCACGAUAUGGGUCCUGGGUCCUUUAAACCCGAUACCAGCAGCACAGGAUCUCUUCACCAAGCCAAGAGAAUAGCAUGACAUUUUUGUUGUUUUUGGAACAUAAUACAAAUCAGGGUAUUUAAAACAGCAGUAGCAAAAAAACUAAAAAGAAAGUGACCAUAGACUUGCACACAAAUGAUCAGGACUUCUCGAGGUAGCACACAAGGCUAAUAAACAGUUAGCCUCUAGCACAUGCUUGGCUAGCUGGUAGCAUCACGCGGACAGCCAUGACCAUGUGGUCAACAUUAGCAUCGUUGUCCCUGUCGUGGUUCGUCAACAAGACGGCUGUAGGCUACACCACUAGACUUAUAAAAGGGAAAACCAAGACCAAAUAUGCAAUAUCUUGUUAUAUAUUCAUAUUAUUUUCAGUUCACCUGUUUGUGUCAAGCCUCAAGGCCCAGUGGAAACCUUUAAAUAUAAAUCAAGGAAACAGUUCAAAGGACUGGUUCUUGAAGAAGUCUCGUCGCUGCAGUGAGUGUUUCCAAUGGAAUGUAUUUGGGACUUCAGUCACUCCAGAGAAAUGCAGUUAAACAAGUGGUCACCACCGACAACAGAAAAACAAAAUUCAGUUGUUUUGCACAAAUGUCAUUUUUUCGGCUUACUUACGUGACUUCCUUUCUUCUUUUUACGGCUAAAAGAGACGUCUAGAAGCCUGCCGUGACCACAUUUGACUUUGGCCCUGGGUUUUGCUUACACUCAGACCUUCUGUUCUGUCAUUUGUUGAACCGCCGUGAAGACAGAAACCAAAUGUUCACACUACGUCCGACCCGAUCCAGACCACCAACAGCUAACCACUAUCGCACUCGGCCCGCAUGGCAAAAACUCAUACUGCAAAGUGGUCGCUUUUUUUGUAUAAACAUUUACAUUUUUCAAAUAUGUGUGUGGGGGGGCUGGGGGGGGGGGGGGGGAGCAUGGUUGGUAUUAACCCAGUUCAACUAGAACCCCCUCUGUCUCUCAGUACCUCUCUCUCUCUUUUUAACUCUCCAUCCUCCUCUCUGUCUAACUCCCACCCCCCCCCCCCCCUCUUGUUCCCACAUUCUCCUCUCUUCCGGUCUGCUUAUCUCUCCUCCCUACUAAACACUCAUAAGGAGUGGAGGUCAUUGCACAGGAGUUUAGUUCCAUCUUCAAGUUCAGUGCAACUCAAACCUUCCUUUUGCAGCAGAGAAAAAAAAAACAGGAUGUAAACAUUGGCCACAUGACAUCAUGGGCAUGUCUGUGACCCCCCCACCCGCAUGCCUGUGAGCCCCCCACCCCCUUCCAUCCUUCUCAGUGCUGUUUAUUUUGCACUUGUUAGGGACAAACACCAAAUAGCACUCUCCUCAGACCUCGACCAUGACUAUGACCGUAGCGUUGACUGACUGAUGUACAGCGGUAGAAACAGUGGCAUGACUGCAUGCUCUAUGUGCGUUUCUUUCCACAACUAGGAGAAAGCUGUUUGGUCUCUCUUGAAAUGACACGCUAGGACUUGGCUUAGUAGUAGCUGUUAUGAUUGCUACUCUUGUUAUUAUCUAUUGGACAAGGUUUCAUCCGGGCAACAGCUUAACCAAUGGGAAACACGUUAGUGGUUAGAAUCUGUAGACUUGGGAGAACGAGAGCAUAUGCAGGGCUGUGUCCAACACUGAGAACGGCACGUAUUGAUAUAAAAGAAAAAUAUUGAUUGAUAUAUAUAUAUAUAUAUAUAUAUAUAUAUAUAUAUAUAUAAAACACAACUGUUAUCUUUUAUUUUACAAAUGCAGAGUCUAUAUCAACAAAAUAAUAGAGAAAUAUAAAAUCUAUAUAAUAAAGAUGAUGAUGUAUAUAUUUUCUUAUAAUAAGCACCUAAAGAUAUUUUGUCAGUGGGUUUAAUACGCAGAAUAUAAAGACUUCUAUAUCGAUAUCACAUGGUCUGAUUUAUCAAUGGAUCAGGGUGAAAUGGAAGAGGACAUCUUAGCAGAAUGUUUACAUUAUACUGAGAGUGACAUGAUUACACCAAGUCUCGUCAAAUCAGGGAAGACUUUUUUGGUGAUCAUAACCUUGAUCUUGACCCUAUGAUUGAUCAGUAAACUGUCUUCCCUCCAUUUCGACCAAUCUUUGUUUGAUUUUCACGCAUCACUCAAUCUCCACCUCCUCCCUGGUUAUUGUCGAUAUUCGUUAUCUUAGCAAUGCAUUGCAAUGAUGGGUUUCAAAAGGGUUUCCUGCUGAAGUAAGGCCAGAAGCACUCCAAUCGCAGGUAUUUACUCAGCUUCUAUUUCGUAAAUUGGUCCAAACUAUUUGGCCAAAUUGUAUCAACAUUUUUCAUGAACUGAAUGCAUUUUCAAGUUCUUUCAUAACAACCCUCCUCCACAAUCAUAACCAUAACAGGUUAUGGAAUGUCCUAACCUAAAAAUGUCAUCGUAUUAGCAAAGGCAUUAGCUUGUCAUUGGUGUACUAUUCUCUGUGGCCCACUGGGUUUGUCAGAAUUGACAUUUCACGGGACGUCCCCCUUUUGGCUGGAACAGGUUCCAUUGUUGGCUACGGUAUUCUGCUGCACACAAACAAACAAACAAACAAACAAACAAACAAACAAACCAAGAUGUGCCACAAAAGGCCGCUUAUCAACAAGCACAUAUUCAACAACAUCCGAUGAACUGUCACCGCUGUGUGCAUCAAUCUCAUAUCUUUUCUCUACUCAUACUCACAUUACCGUUAUCCUCGGUGUAAAUAUACGAGGCACUAAACCGUAUAACAGAGUGACAUUGUCUUCUAUUAAGACAUGUAUCUAUUGCUUAUUUAGCCACUGUGACUAGACCAAAGCAAGUUUAACACUAUUUUUUACUUGUGUUGUUGUCCGUUUCUUAUUUGUCUGUGUCUUCUUUUUGUGUUUGGGUCUGUCAUGUCGUCAUUAAUCCAUAGAGUGUGUAGUCGCCUGUGUAUAUUUUUAUGUGUAAAUUUCUUGUACAAAUGACUGUGUUUUUAAUUAAAGAACAAAUUGUAUCACCUUAAA